UGUGUAGACACUGUAGACAGUAUCUUUUGUUUAGGGUUUCGGGCAAGUUUGAGGUUAUAUGAACUAUUUUUUAUCUGCAGGUGAUUAAUAAAUUUUAUAGUUAUUACCAAUCUGAUAAUAAAAUGAAUCUUACAUUGGAUAGUCACAGUGUUGAGGUGCGAGAUACUAUAACUGGAUUAGAAUUCGAGAACCAGCUGCAGUCACUUUGGGGCCUACAUUCUGGCGAUUAUUACUUGAUUCAUGAUGGCAAAAUCUUCAGGAGAGAUUCCAGCAUCAACAGUGGGAUUGUUCAUGUCAUUCCUCGUGUAUAUGGUGGAAAAGGCGGAUUUGGCUCCAUGUUGAGAGCAAUAGGGGCUCAAAUAGAAAAAACUACAAACAGAGAAGCUUGCCGAGAUUUGAGUGGAAGAAGGUUGAGAGAUAUCAAUGAAGAACAAAGACUGAAAAAUUGGAUUGGUCAACAAGCUGAUAGGGAGAAGGAAGCUAAAGAACGAAAGAAAAAAAAGCUGGAGAGGCUAUGUGAGAAACCCAGACAUGAAUUCAAAGAUGAAGAAUAUGAUAAGGAAAGGUCAGUUCUUCCUGAAGUAGUUGAAGAUGCUGUCCUUCAAGGCCUUGAGGCUUCUAGUAGUUCAAAAAGGAAAGCCACUGAUGAAAAACCUGUUCCAAAGAAGAAACCCAAGCUAUGGAUGGAUGAUGACUUGGAUGAGGAAGAUUUAGAAACUGAUGAAGAUAGCUCAGAUGAAACCAUAACAAAAGUACAAUUGGAAGAGAAAAUCUUAGAUGUGAAAUCCAACCAUGAAGAUAAUGCAGAAGAAUGCAGGAAUACAUCCAAGGAUUCCAGACAACAGACUGUUAUAUAUUCUUUGGAGGAGAAAUCUUUAAAGAAACAUAGUCUUUAGUCAAUUCUCAUCUUUAUUUCCAAUAAUCAAUAUUGGAAUUGAGAUAUACUUUAAGGAAUGAAAUAUAAUUUAAGUAUUAGAAAAAAUAUAAUUUCAAAUUUGUAUGUUCAUGUUUUUCAUUAAU